CUCAAGAUUGUUGCCUCGGUCACCGAAAGGGCGAGUCAAGUCUCACAUAACAGAGCGGUACGGUCUUUACUGAUCACCUUCUGGAAGUUUGAUACUGCCGUAAACGCAAUGACGGCUAGGUUCUCUUCAACUCUUCGCAGCCGCCCCGUGUGGAUCUCGGCUGUCGAUGUCUUGUACAAAGCACCACCAGGGACUAAAUGGAUGGAAAGCAAAAUGGAAGCCCAGGACUUGGUUGUAUCGUCCACCACGACAGGGAGCACGGACAGCGAGGCCUGCUUCCGGUUCCUUCUUCUCUCUCCUGCCGAGCUGGACAAUCCAGCCACGCAGAUACGACUUGAGCGGUUCUGCAACCUCACCGCGCAUACAGCUAUCGUCUUUCUCGACGAGGCUGAGUCUACCGCAUUUGUGGAUUUUCAAAUCCGAAUGAUUCAAAGCAAGCUAGACGUCCCCGUUGUUCCAAUAAAGUCUACAGCGGCGCUGCCUGGGACUGUGACAGCCUUCCACGAACGUUUCUCUGCGGCACAGCCACGAAUUUCGAAACCGCAAGCUGUCAGGGCUCUCUUGCCGUUCUGCACUGUCAAUCCCCCAAUCCGGGAGCACAACUUCAACAUGCUAAGUGACAUUGUGCCCAGCUUCAAAGUCAUGAUCGAGGUGAUAUCUACCCGCCAGGGCCAGGAUGAACUUUGCAGCUAUAUCGGCCAGAGCGACGCGAGUGAUGUUAUCAAGUUCUGGACCGCUGAAUAUACAGCAUGA